CGAUGGAGAAACUCAUUGCCCGAAAACCACAUCUGAACAUCGAGUCCAGCGGGACGGCGAUACGCAGCGGACAGCGGCGCACACUGGCCGAGUGUGUACUCAACGCUUUACUGAGUAGUCUCACUAAUUAGCACAAAUCUACUAGCAGUGCACUAAUAGUAUAGCUUAGUAAGGUAGUAUGCGCUUUUGCACUCAUAAAGAUAAAAUCUGUCUGUUGAUACAGCUAUAAAGAUAGAAUGUUUUAAAGAAUUGCUUUUUUCACGAAUCAUAGAACAAGACAGAAUUGCUUACAGACGCUGUAAUAUACAGGUAGAUUACAGUUGAGAGCAAUAGUUUACGUCCCCCAUGUUUUCUGGAUGAAACAUGAAAAUACAGAUAUUUUAUAAUACAGUGUUUCUGUAAAAAAUUAUUCCAAUAAAUUGAAAAUGAAAUGUGUUUCUAUGUGGCAACGAGACAACAAUCUAAAACAUGCAACAGAAUCCAUCCAUCCAUUUUUUGUAUCGUUUAAGCUUGGAGCCUAUCCCAGGGGACACGGGCCAUGAGGCAGGGCACAAUAGCACACACAUUCACACACUACGGACAAUUUGGAAAUGCCAAUCAUCCUACAAUGCACAUCUUUGGACUGGGGGAGGAAACCGGAGUACCCAGAGGCGGGAAUCGAGCCCCCAACCUCAGCGGUGCGAGGCAACCAUUUAGCUGUCGCACCUGCUGCUUUCAGAUGUUUCGAGGUUUUUAAAGUGAUCCAUCAGCUUGUUGAUUCCGAGGAAGACGUUUUGAUGGUUGCCAAAUCUGUUAUUGAGGAGUUUGCUGCAGAUGGGGUGAAGUACUUGGAACUGCGCAGCACUCCACGGGAAGAACCCAAAACAGGUCUGUCUAAAAGAAGAUAUAUCGAGACAGUUCUUGAAGCCAUCCAUCAGUGUAAGCAAGAAGGAGUGGACAUAGAUGUCAGGUUUCUUGUGGCUGUGGACCGCAGGAAUGGCCCUGAGGUUGCUAUGGAGACGGUGAAGCUAGCCGAGGACUUCAUGUUGUCCAGUGAUGGUGUGGUGGUGGGACUGGACCUGAGCGGUGACCCUACAGUAGGGCAUGGAAAAGACUUGCUUCCUGCUCUUCACAGGGCCAGGAACUCUGGGCUCAAGUUGGCAUUGCACAUGUCUGAGGUUCCUUCUCAGAAGGAGGAGUCAGAGUUGCUGUUGGAUUUGCCUCCAGACAGAAUUGGCCAUGGAACAUUUCUACACCCGGAAGCAGGGGGUUCAGACAGCCUUGUGGAUAAAAUUAGUAAGCUAAACAUCCCUUUGGAACUGUGCCUGACCUCUAAUGUCAAAGGUCAGACAGUACCUUCAUACGACAAGCAUCACUUCCAGUACUGGUAUGAGCGCCAGCACCCGUGUGUGCUUUGUACGGAUGAUAAGGGCGUGUUUUGCACCGAUCUCUCUCAGGAGUACCAGCUGACUGCGUCCACGUUCGGCCUCAGUCAGGAGGCUGUGUGGUCUCUUUCCCUACAGGCAAUUCAUUGCAGUUUUGCCCGAGAGGCUUUAAAGCAGAAGCUGGUGCAGAGGUGGGCUGAGUUAAGACCUCACAUCCUUCACUGACGAGGAUGAUGCUCAGUAUCAGUAUUCUCUCUUAGCUUGACUGUAUGUUAGUUUUACAGGGGGUAUAUGUUCUGCCCAAGAUACUGAAAGUACUUGAAUUUAGCUGUUUCUACUAACUUGCUCAAACACACCACUAUACAUCACCCCAAGUGAUGAACACAGACCUGACAUCCACGGUUUUCGUUUAUGUUUUAAAUUCAUAAUGAUCAGAAAAUAGCAGUUCGAUCCAGGCCGCCAUUUAUUGAUUCAGUGCUUAGACCCCAGAUUUGCUAAUCCGUCUUGUUUUCAUGCAUCUGUAUCAACCCUGGUUUUCUAAUGUUAUCCCCUGGAAAUGCUCAUUUUGUCUACUGUAACACUGAAUAAUCUGUGAUUUCAACGUUGUGCUGUUUCUGUGUCACACACACGCACUUUUACUAUCUCUGUCAUCACAGCCAAUUACCUCCAGAAGUCAAACGGUGAAGUGAGUGUUAAUGAAGUCUCUCCUGUACACGUCUCUAAAGUGUUUUUAUAUUAAAUUACAAACUGGCAGCCUAUGAGACUGCGUAAUUAAGGGAGAGCAUCUAUAUUUGAGCUACCUCACUCUGUUAGGAAUGAAACAAUGGUUGUACAUGUAGUUUGAACAAUUAACAAUUUAACUGCUUUUCAGUAAAUAAUGCUGCUCUUAAUAUAAAUGCAUGUGGUGGUCAUUGUGUUUAUUGAGAUUACCAGCAGGGGGCAGAAGCACAACUAGAAAUAUUUUUGUUUCAAUCUGAACACUGCACUGUACAGGUUCGCGACCCUGAGUCCUAAAGUCAGGCUGCUCUGUAUAUUUCUUUUCUUUCUUUCUUUCUUUCUUUCUUUUCUUCUCAAACCAUCCUAAUUAAAGGGAAAACACUGACAUGUCCAUGAUCAGUAUUGGUAGCACCCAUCAUACUUUAUCAGCCAUUUUGUUACUUAUCUACUGGACAACCAUAUGGUUCUGUCUUUACCAAUCAUUCCUGAGAUGGAUGCAAAUCACUGUAUGAAAUGACACACUGAACAGAACUACGGAUCGAGCCGACUACUUCAAAAUGGCUGCUGAAAUUAGAGAAGCCUCCUCACGUUGCUAACCCUAAAACUGAUUAAUGAUCAAAUUGUUCAGUGACUUUUAGAUACGCUUUAGGUCAUAUAGGUCUAUAUGUUUUAAAUUCUGUGGGCUUUAAAGCUGUUGGGGUGUGUGUGUGUGUGUGUGUUUGUGUGCGUUUUCAUGAUUCGUGUGGCAUUUCACCUGUUUGCAUCUAAACCUGUAUUGAUUUUUCUCCCUGUCAGUCUCUUUGUAGCUGGGGGGCAAAAUAGCUCCCAAUCCACAGCUGCCUUUAGUCACUGCAGCUCGGUGUGGACCACCUGAUGCCUGCUGCUCUCUUUUAUCACUCCAGUCUGUCCAGAGCAGGCAUAUUAGCAUGCUGAAAGUCAUGAUAGCACCGUUAAGACAGUUAGGCUCUUAAGGUUUGGUAGAAUGGCAUUGCAGUAGUGAAUCAGACCCACCAUGCCCUCAGAGCCUUUCUUAUUGCAGAGUGCCUCAGAUCAAAGCCUACUAAAACAUGCCGCAUGAGCCAUUGGUUGCAGUUAAAAACACCUGGUGAGAACUGGACU